CGGAACCUUUAUUGGUGAGGAAACUGUUGCGAGUCGGAUGUGUCUGAAGGACGGAACCUAAACAGCCACGUAGUAUAAGCAGGAACACGUCUAAGGACUGAAGCUGUUUGUGCCAUCCAGACCAGCCUGCAGACUUAACCAAAGUUUAGCGAGCAUGAAGUAAAGUGAAUUGCACCUGUGAAACCCAGCACAUGUUCAUGGAUGCUAGAGCAGCAUCUGUAUUUCAAGAGAUAUGGAAAAUGGAAAUAAUGGAAUGGUCUCAAUUGAGGCCAAGCCCCCUCAGCAUCCGGAUGCCCAACACUGCAAAAAUCCAAACAGCAAUACUGUAGAAUCUCUGAAGCCGGAGAGAUCACUCGUAACGGAGAAAAUCCCAAAUGGUCACGUCAAAGCAGAGCUGUUGCCAAACGGAGAGGCCAUGGUGGAGGGUCAGGACGUUGGUGGAGGCAGCACCCCACCUUCGGCAACUCCAUCCCCAGGCAGCCGCCUUUCCGACUCUUCUCCGAGCACAGAGCUGGAUCCAGGUGUGGUCUCUUUCCCUGACAGCCUAGAGAGGUCUGAGGGCUCUGUUCACACGGGUGACGCGUUGCAAUCGCUCAGACUAAGUAUUCCUAUGCAGGAGACUGAAUUGUCAUCAACUGACCCAUGUGUGGAGAUGGAAAAUGAAGAAAAAAUCCGUCAGGAAGCUCGCAGACGACUAGAGGAACAGCUCAAACAAUACAGAGCACAGCGGCACACAGAGCGAACCCGACGGUCCACUCCUAAAAGCCGGCCAUUUAGCACUUUGGACCCAGAGCUUAUGCUCCACCCUGAAGGUCUCCCACGGGCCAAUACUGUCGCCAUGACUAAAGAAUACUCUUUCUUGCGCACCAGCGUUCCUCGUGGUCCCAAACUUGGAAGCCUGGGAAUCCCUUCCAGCAGGGAGAAAAAAUCCAAAUCAUCUCGCUCCAGCAAGAUCCACUCUCUCGCUGACUACAAAACUCCUGAAUCUGAAGGUUCUGGUGGAGCAGUUUCUGCAUCUGCUGACUCGUCGUUUACCUCCCUGCAUUCCACCAUCAGCUCCGUCUCCACCGUUUCUGAAAUCAGCAUCAGCUCAGAAGCCAACAACCAUUCAGAAUCAUCUCAGCUGAUCAGAGACAACAUCUCUGAGGUGGAUGGCAGCGAAUCAGGCUUCAGAGCUGACGGCAAUGACAGCGAUAGCUCAUCCUAUAGUAGCGUGUCUACUACAGGAACGUAUAAUAUGUUAUCUGCAAUAGUGAACAGGCCAAAGGCUCCAUAUACUGUUGAAGGGAGAGAGAUUGCUGCUGAAGCCAUGGGCCACUUUCCGUCACUUCAGGAAGUCCUGCAGGCUGCGACUGAAGAAAGGCACAUGGAGGAGCUCGAGCAGGACAGAGAGGGCAGCGUGGAGCCUCGCAGUCGCAGGGACAGCUUCUCCAGCAGUGUGUCGUAUGGGAGUUCUGUGAUGGGGACUCAUGAUGAAAUGCUGCAAGUGCUGAAAGAGAAAAUGAGGUUAGAAGGACAACUGGAGUCUCUCUCCUCCGAGGCCAGUCAGGCUUUAAAAGAAAAGACGGAGCUCCAGGCUCAGCUGGCCACAGUAAAUGCUCAGUUGAAGGCCCAGGUGGAGCAGACCCAGGCCGGUCAGGAGAGGCAGAGCACCCUCAAAACAGAGGUGACGACACUACGCUCCAACUGCUCUGCACUGGAGAAGGCCAUGGUGGACCUCCAGACCAAUCUGGAAGGGAAGAACGCCAGCUUGGCCUCGUUGGGCAAUGAUUUGGAGGUAGCUGAAGAGCAGUACCAGAGGCUGAUGGUCAAAGUGGAGGAGAUGCAGCAAAGCCUGAAUGCCAAGGACAACACAGUGUCGGAGUUGCGACAACAGAUGGGAGGCCUGCAGACUCAGCUACAGCGGGUCCAGAGUGAGAGGAACGCUCUCCAGAGCAGACUGAAGACCUCGCAGGCAGAAGUGGACUCGUUGCAGCAGCUUCGCCUCUGGUACCAGCAGCAGCUCAAUCUGGCACAGGAGGCACGAGUGCGACUGCAGGGAGAGAUGGCAAACAUGCAGGCAGGUCAAAUGACUCAGUUUGGUGUGUUGGAAAAUCUGAAGAUUGAGAACGUCACACUGUCUCACAAACUCACGGAGACGAAUCAUCGCUCUAUAAAAGAAAAGGAACGGAUUGCUGUACAGCUACAGAGCAUAGAGGCGGACAUGUUGACUCAAGAAGCGGCCAUACAUCAAAUUCAGGAGGCCAAAACGAUGGUGGAAGAAGAUCUUCAGCAUAAGCUGGAGGAGUUUGAGGAGGAGCGAGAGCAUCUUCUCAAACUAGCCAACACAGCCACAACACUGGAAAGAGAGCUGGAGCAGGUCAAACUGGUUCUCUUCCAAAAAGAUUCCCAGCUGGAGUCUUUACAGCGCGAGCACCUAGAACUGAUGAAGCAGCUCACCACCACUCAGGAGACCCUCCAAACCAAAGAACAGGCCCUUAAUCAGCUGGAGGCCCGCUAUCAGGAGCUCCAGGUCCAGCUGGAGGAGCUACAGACAGACGCCUCUGCUAAAGAGGAAACCCUGCAGUAUCUGCAAAAUGAAAAAAUAGUCCUGGAAGUGGCUCUACAGGCCGCACGGGCUGAUAAGAGCGAGCUUGAUGAGGGAGCGGAAAAGCUUGGCGAGGAAGUGCUGGUGGCAUCGGACACUCUUGACCAGCUUAGACAGGAAGUACAGGUUAAAGCGACACAGAUUGAAGCUCUACAACAUGAGAAUGGCACCCUUAAAAAGCAAGCACAGAAACUGAAAGAGCAGUUCAUGCAGCAAAAGGUGAUGGUUGAAGCUUACAGGAGGGAUGCCAGCUCCAAAGAGCAGCUGAUCUCUGAGCUGAAGGCUUCUAAAAAGCGUCUGGUGGCAGAAGUGAAGGACCUGAAACAGGAGCUGUUGAAAACGGAGGGGGAAAAGAAAAGUGCCGUGCAGGAACAAGCUCGCCUGCAGAAGGAGGUGGAGAGAGUCCAGCAGCAGAUGAACGGUCUGGAAGCACAUUUACAAUCUGUACAGACAGAAAGAGAUCAACUUGACUCUCAACUGCAGUCCCUUCAGUUUGACCAGAACCAGCUGGCGGCAGUGACCGAAGAAAAUGAAAAUCUGAGGAAGAGGGUUGAACAAAUGCAAAAUGAAGCCAGAACGGCUAUCUCAGAGCAGAAGGUGAAGAUGAAGCGUUUGGGCACAGAUUUGACCAGCGCGCAGAAAGAGAUGAAGGCCAAGCACAAGGCCUAUGAGAAUGCAGUUGGCAUUUUGAGUCGCAGGCUACAGGAAGCCCUCGCCGCCAAAGAGACAGCAGAGGCUGAACUUGACAAACUUAAAGCUCAGGUUGCAGAUGGGGGAAAUAGCCAGGAACUUCAGGCCAAGGUGAAGAGCCUGCAGGGAGAGCUUCAGGCAGUGAGCCAGAGUAAAGCCAUGCUGGAGAAGGAGCUCCAGGAGGUCAUCACCCUCACCAGCACUGAGCUGGAGGAGUACCAGGAGAAAGUGCUGGAACUGGAGGAUGAGCUUCAAGAAUCAAGAAAUUUUAAAAAGAGAAUCCGUCGAUUGGAGGAUGCUAAUAAGAAGCUUGCCCUCGAACUGGAGCAUGAGAAAGGGAAACUUUCCGGCCUUGGGAAAUCCCACAGUGCAUUGCGGGAACAUGCCAAUAUUCUAGAGGCUGCAUUGGCAAAAAGAGAAGCAGAUCUUGUCCAGCUCAACUUGCAGGUACAAGCAGUGUUGAAGCGUAAAGAAGAGGAAGACCAGCAGAUGAGACAGUUGGUGCAGACGCUGCAGACCGCUUUGGAGAAGGAGAAGAUAAAAGUCAAGGAUCUGACAGAGCAGGUGGCUGAGGCCAAGCUGGAGGCAGCCCACAACCGCAGGCACUACAGAGCAGCCGUGCUGGAGCUCAGCGAGAUCAAGAAAGAUCUGCAGGCCAAAGAAGAGCUUGUCAAAGCCUUAGAGAAAGAAGCUACGACACUAGCAGCUCAAGAUGAGAAGCACUCAGAAGAGGUUUCUCGUUUCCGGGAGGAAUUAGCUGACGCUCACACUCAACUUCAGAUCCUUCAAAAACAGCUUGAUGAUGAGCUCAAUAAACAGCCCGUCACUAACCAAGAGGUGGAGGAUCUGAAGUGGGAGGUGGAGCAGAAGCAGAGGGAGAUGGAGGCUCAGAAACAGCAGUUAGAGAUGGUAGAGCAGUGUCACCAGAGAGAGAUGCAAAGCCAGCAGGACAUGCUACAGACGAUAAAGGUGGAGCUGGAGAUGGUGCAAGAGGAGCUCAACGGCACACGCAAAGAUAAAUUCAUGCUGCAGGCUAAAGUGGGAGAGCUGAGGAACAGCAUGAAGACCGUUCUUCAGCAGAACAACCAGCUCAAACAGGACCUCAAAAACAGCCGACUUCGAAAGCAGCGGAUGGAUCUGAAGGGGGAAUCAACCCCAGUUACGCCAGUAAAAAUCCCCGACUGCCCUGUUCCUGCUUCUCUUCUGGAUGAACUGUUGAAGCCUUCGACGUCCGUCAAUAAAGAACCUCUCAAUAACCUUCACAACUGUCUGAAACAGCUAAAGCAGGAGAUGGACAGCCUUCAGAAGCAGAUGGAGGAACACACGGUCACAGUGACGUCGCUGGCCAGCCCAGAGGACGAGCUCCAGAAACUGGGCCUUCAUGACAGCAGCGAGUCCUCUAAUAAAGAAGACAAGGAGGAGAUGCUGCCUUCGUAAUGCACACAACAAUCCUUUAAAGACACUAUCUGAGGAGAGGGGGAGAGAGAGAGAGAGUUCACUUUUAUAUUCAUGUGCACUUUUACGUUUCUAAUCAACCGCCAAUAUUUGGCUUUAUCCUGUAUUCCUUACCAAGAUUUUUCGGGUGAAACAAAGUGUUCGGGUGAAACAAAGUCUUUAUACCACAGCUUUAUUUUCGAGGGGUCGUUUCGGUGUUUGUGUUGAGUUUACUUAUUUAUUUCUGGUUUAACCAAUAGAGCUGCUCUCUUUCUCUCUCACUCUGUCUGUUUAUCCCACAAUUUCACAGUCGUCGCCCACUUUACAUGCAGAUCUGAUGACGUUUUCUUUCUCAUCUCAUAAGAGGUGUUUGUGAGGGCUACUGCUAGACUGCUUUAAAACAAACAAACAAAAAAAGCAGCGUCAUAAGCAAAUGUGAUCCACAGCAAAUGUCCAGGGAUUCCAGUGUUAUAGUAACUAGUGACCUAUUGACCGUAUUGGUCAGGCGUAUAUCCUACAUAUCCACCAUCUUUCAGUAGUUCUAUCUUCCUGCAUGGAGAAAUCAGCAGCUGAACUGUUCUUCCAUUCCUCUGUGCCUGUGAAUGAGCUGAACUCUCACUCGGUCACUGGAGAGAUGCUUGAUUUUACGCAAUAUAAUGCAAAUGUUAUCAAUAAUAAGGCCCCAUAACAAUUAACCAAGCCCAAAAUAAAGCAAACAAACUGUAUAUUUAAUUUUUUCAGGCCUCUCAUCAAGUCUAAAGCGAUGCUAACAACUUCAUGUCUACAUACACUCUGCACUGUGUACCGCUUCACCCAUGAGUCUCAGCAUUUUAGUCCACUGUUAUGUAAGAUUGGACUGUACCUGGAUCUUGAGGAUGUCCUUAUAAUAUUGCAGUUCACAUGACAGACUCUUUCUGAUUCAAACUCAGGAUCUGAAGCCCCGGGAAUGUAAGCGGGAGACUGGGAGAAAGUAUUGGCGCCCCCUUUUUUGAAGGGUGAUGUUCUAUAUCAGGUCAUCCAGUGUCUGUUUUUGUGUGUGUGUGUGUGUGUGUGUGUAUGAUUCCACACAAAAGGUUUUUUGAUUGUGGCUGAGUUCGAUUAGUUCUCACUUGGGCUGCGCCUUAAAAUUGAUCCAAAAUAGAAACCUUUAAAUACUACUAAACAAAAAAGAUCAUAGCUUGAAUGAAAUUUUUCUUGAGAGAUCUUGGGAAAUCAUGUAAAAUAGUUUGAAAGCGCUGCUGAGUGUGUUGUACGUAUAUAUUUAUAAUAUAUAUAUAUAUAUAUAUAUAUAUAUAUAUAAAUGAAAGGUGUUGACUUGUAUUGCACAACUGAAAAAAGCAAGCUUACUGACGUUCAGGUAUGGACAUAUGUAAAAUAGUACUUUUUUGAUGGAGAGAUUUUGCCAUUUUUUUGCCCAUGUUGAUACUGUUCACUUAUUUAAAGCUUUUUGCAUCCCAAUAUUCUCAUGGACGGUUCGUCAUUAAAGCCUUAAUUAUUGGAGGAUAUUUUGAAUAAUGUACUUCAAUUGGGUGUGAUGUUUCUUUGUCUUUCCCCACUGAUGUCUUUAUUUCCCAAACUCCAUCUGUUGGUUGUCUAUGUGGAGUUGGAUUUAACUGUGUUAUGGGCUUGAACUGUUUGAUGUGUUUUCUGAGAUAAUGACAAUGAUCUCUGUAUACGGUAAUAAUAACCUUGAGGACUGCUUUAAAUAAUUAAGACAAAAUGGGAAAUGAAGCUUUACACGCUAUCAGUUACCUUUAACAGAUUAAUACAUACAGUGCUCAGCAUAUAAAAGCACACCCUUCACAAUUCUCUCUUUUAAAUUCAUAUUUUUAACAGGAUAUGCAAUAUUAUAUUUGUGCAUAUACAGAUUAGUCAGUACUGAAGCUAAAUCUUUAGUUUAUCUGACAAGAUAACUUAAGAUAACGGUCCAAAAACUAGUACAGCCAAAUUUAUAUGUUAUAGAAAAAUAUUAAAUACAAGUUUAAAAAAAGAGGGAAAAUCAAAAGAAGCAAAAGAAUUGAAAAGUAUCAUUGAAAUUGCAACUAUUUAAUUUACUAGCAAUAUUUUGCUUCUAUUUAAUUGUAUUAUCUUACAAUUUCUAAAUAUGUUUGGUGAGUAAAAUAUUAUUUAAAUAAAUAUAUGAUAUGAAUCUGUUUUGUUUAAAUGCACCAAAAUACAUUGCCGAUAAUCACUAAGAAAUGGAAACAAUUUUCAACAUGGGGUGUACUCAAUUAUGCUGAGCACUGUAUUCAGCAAAAAGGGAGGGAAUUGCGGUGUGUAAUUACUGUACUGACUAAAAGCACGAGUUUCUGUUCCAUGUUUAUAAAUGAGGAAAAAAAGUUUGACUUUUAAUUCUUGGCUUGCUCUGCAUUUUUAUGGGAUGUAUCAUAUUGAGUGUAAAAUAUAAAUCAUUCUGUAAAAUGA